AGUUCACUUUACCAUCAUCACAUUAUGAGUGAGCCCAUAGUAGUUGAUGAUCAGCAUCCCUCUUUGUUGUCUCAGAACAAGAUUGUUACUCUUGUAUCUUUGAAAUCGAAAAUUGUAACUUCAAUUUGUGGAUGUGUCCACAAGUGUUGUGUCGUAUGGAGGAAAAUUUCCAAUGCAGACCGAUUGCCAAGGUUUAUUCGUGGUGGCACUGAAACAACCAGAAUUUAUCAUUUUUGGCCUGGAAAAAACGUGUUUUUCUGUAGAGGGAGGCUCAUCUGUGGUCCAGAUCCAAGAGGGUUUCUCUUGACUGCAUUUUCCAUUACCCUUUCGAGUUGGAUUUUUUGCGCUUACGUAGCAAAUGAUUCAACCCUCGAGCACUCUAGUUUCAUAACCGUCUUUGCUGUGUUCUUGACAGUAAUUGUUCUGAUCAACUUGGUUACUGUUAGUACAAUAGACCCAGGUAUUAUACCAAGAAAUGCCUCAUUGGCAUCAUUGAACGAUACACAACUGAGGAGGAUUAAGAGCAGGAAAUUGGUGAUAAAUGGGGUUGAAGUGAGGCUUAAAUUUUGUCGGAUUUGUAGAAUUUACAGACCGCCGAGAAGCUCUUACUGCACCAUAUGUGAUAACUGCGUCGAGAAAUUCGACCACCAUUGUCCUUGGGUUGGUCAAUGCAUCGGUUUGAGGAACUACAGAUUCUACUUGGUGUUCACGACGACAGCCUUAAUAUUCUUUAUCUACAUAUUUGCUUUUUCAUGUCGAAUAAUCAACCGAAGAAUAUUGGAGACUAGACUUGGAUUUUUCCGAACAAUCAGCAGUUGCCCGGAGGCAUUUGCAUUAGCAUCAUUUUGUUUCGUAGUAAUGUGGUUUGUCUGUGGGAUUGUUUGCUUCCAUGUGUAUUUAGUGAUGAAAAACCAGACAGCUUAUGAAAAUCUUCGCAGAAGACAUGUUGAUUCUCCUAACCCGUACAAUAAAGGAAUAGUAAGGAAUAUCAAGGAUGUCUGUUUUGUAAGACUACCUUCCUCGAGGGUUGAUUUCCGAGCUGAAGCAACAUCACAAAUGUGUCAUGGUGGUGCAGACCAACUUCAGCUUUAAAAAGCUUACUAACAUGCCUGUUAGCUUAAGAGUUAAGUACCGAUUUCUUGUAUUUUUGUGUUUCUAAGUUCUAACUAUUGGAUGUGAUGAAUUAUUUACAAGUACUUAUUAAUCGA